AUGGACAGCCAGAACGCCACGCAGGCUCAGUUAGAGUCGGCUCUCAAGGCAACACUCGCCCGCCUGUCGCACAUCCUCGCUUUCCAGGCUCGACUGCAGCAGCAGGGGACCGCACAGUAUGCUCCGCCGGCACCGAUACAGUUGGCAGAGCAGUUAAAGGUGGACGUGGCCAGGUUUGACCAGGUCUGCGACGACGUUGAGCGGAAGUUGCUCCGCGCGAUUGCCGUUAUCGAGCGAGACGUGCGGAAAGCGACCGGCGCCUCUCCUCCCCCAGUCCCUUCCCCCGAACAACCGACCGUCAAGGCAGAACCAGGCGCCGAAGCCAUCCUUCCUUUCGGCCUACCAUCUUCUUUGACCGAGCCAGCCGCUGCCGCCGUUCCAGCCGCCGCCGGCAUGUCUAUCGACCUCACAAACUCGCCUUCUCCCACUUCGACUUCCCUACCGUUCCAGCUACCCGGCACGGCGACACCCGCAAGCGUGUUGACGUCCAAUUCGAACCCUAUUCCGACGGCGCAGACCAACACUGCUGCAGAGUCAGUGGCAGGAGACGACCUGAACGCGCUCCUCUCCUCCCUAAACGUCCCCCCCUUUGGCGGUAUCGACCCUUCCGCAGAUCUCACAUCCACCUCGAACGCACCUGACACCGCCUUCGUCACCAAUUCAGCCUUCCCGGAUCUCUCGCUCGAAGCGCUCGACAGCCUUCUCAGCGGAUCAGCCGCUGCUGCGUCCGGCACCUCAGCCCCGCCCGCCUCUGCCUCCGUUCCAACCGACCUCAGCUCCCUCGGUCUCGACUUCGCCUCCGUAUUGUCCGCGCCACCUCUUUCAGGCCCGACAGCAGCCCCCGCCGCCUCUUCCGCCCCUUCCCUCGACCUCGGCUCCUUCGAUUUCUCCUCUCUCGGUCUCGCGGGUUCGGCGGAACCAGCAGCGUCGUCAGGUGCAGGUGGAGCAGGUGGACUGGGCGGCUUGGACUUGACGGGACUGGGAGACCUGGACUUUGGUUCCUUUGGCACGGAAGGGGGAGGUCAGGACGGCGGAACGGGCGCUGUAGAUCUUGACGAGCUGCUGAAGAGUCUAGGAGGACAGUAG